UGAACUACGUAAAGGAGUCCGCUGCAUACAGAGCUAUACCCGACGCUGCAUGGAUCUCCAGCAACGCAAUCAAUUCAACAAAUUGUAUCAUGGCACUAAUCAAUUCAUACGGGAUCUGUGUAACAAGGGCGAAUUUCAAGAUGAAUACCUGAGACAUGCACCAUGCUCACAAAAGGCUAAGAAAGAAUUCGAAGUAUGUGCCAAUCGUUAUAAGGAAACAAUGCUAUUCCUGAAGCCUAAUAACAAUCAGGAAAACCAUGAAAAUAUCACCCUCAGUGAGAACAUUAAAACGAUAUGCUGCUCCAUCAAUGAACUUGUCGACUGUUCCGAAAAUGCUGCUAAAAAGAUAUGUGGGCCUGAUGCUGCAAAAUUUACACGUGAAUUAGUCGAUAAAUACGCCAACAGCUUAACCAGGAUUUACUGCGAAGAUUUUACACGACAUCCGGGAAUUUGUCGCAACGGUGAAGGCGAUGCCGGUACAGCUUUACACAGUUCUUGGCAACAGAUAAUGUUGCUAAUGGCAGCACUCUUCUGCCUGGUGACCUAUCAACAGAACCAAUGGCUACAAAGAUAGAUGGCAUUGCAUAUUUCUUUAUAUCAUCCGUUAAGUUAGUUGCAACAGGAGUAGUAGUUUUUAAA